AUGGCAUCCGCGACGACGUCGCACAAUGAGGUUUCGCAGGAAUUUUCUGUCAACAAACUUAUUCGUGUCGGUUAUUACGAGCUCGAGAAAACAAUUGGCAAGGGGAAUUUCGCCGUUGUUAAAAUGGCUACCCACGUCGUGACAAAAUCGAAGGUGGCUAUUAAAAUAAUAGACAAAACAAAAUUAAAUGAGGAAAAUCUGGCUAAAAUUUUUCGUGAAGUACAUAUAAUGAAAAGAUUAAGGCAUCCACAUAUCAUAAGGUUGUAUCAAGUAAUGGAGACAGAGAAAAUGAUAUAUUUAGUUACCGAGUAUGCACCCGGAGGAGAGAUAUUUGAUCAUCUUGUGAGGAAUGGAAGAAUGCCAGAAUUGGAGGCAAGAAGAAUUUUUCGUCAGAUUGUCCUUGCUGUUCGUUAUCUCCACCAACAAAGAGUUGUACACAGAGAUCUAAAGGCUGAGAAUUUGUUACUUGAUGCAGACAAUAAUAUAAAACUUGCAGACUUUGGAUUUAGUAAUGAAUAUACUCCAGGUGUACCACUUAGCACUUGGUGUGGAUCACCACCAUAUGCUGCACCUGAAAUUUUUGAAGGGAAACAAUACGAUGGUCCAAGGGCUGAUGUAUGGAGCCUUGGUGUUGUUUUAUAUGUAUUAGUUUGUGGUGCAUUGCCAUUCGAUGGCCCCACAAUGCAGUUACUACGCUCUGUAGUAAUCUCAGGGAAAUUCAGAAUACCAUUUUUUAUGACUGCAGAAUGUGAAAAACUGAUUAGACAUAUGUUGGUAGUAGAACCUGAAAGGCGUUUAAGUAUUUCACAGAUUUUAGCACACUCUUGGAUGGGCGGCGAUAGUAUCACAGAACCGGAGCCAGGAGGGUGUAAUACAGAAAUUGUGCCACCACAGCUGAAUCAGUUAGUACUAGAAAAUAUGUUAAGAUUACCAGGGCUCAGUGCAGACACAUUGCUAACAGCUGUUCAAGGGAAUGCUUUCGAUCAUGUAUCAGCAAUAUAUAAUCUUCUUGUCGAUCGUUUGGAACCAGCAAUGCCUAGUUUACCUACUAUUCAAACUAUACCAGGAGAUUAUGCUCCUGAUGGUGCACAUCAAUUAGAAAAAUUCGGCGAUAUAGAAGCGGAGACAGAAGAAAGGAGUGGAAUGCAACUUACACCAGGCACACCUUAUCAUACCACUAGAAGACACACGGUCGGGCCGGGUGACACGGCACAUCAACCACCAACACCGUAUCCAUACAAUUAUAAUCAUAACACAGGCGAUCCAACACUGAGGCUCCUUCCUAUGCUGCAGUGUAAUAACACUGAUCCUCAGGUGUUACCUCAUACGAAUCUGCCAUUAAACCUUCCUCUGGUUCAACAUCAGCCACCUCAAAACUUUCAAAUCAAGGAUCAGCAUUUGUUGAAACCACCACCUGUUAUGGGAGCGACGGGAAGCUUUGGAAGGAGAGCUUCGGAUGGCGGAGCUAAUCUUCAUGUCUUCUAUCAACAACACGGCAGUAACUAUGGUAGUGGUGACGAUGGCGGUUGGAGUCAGCCGGGCAGUAGAGAACAUUUGCAACCUAUUCCAAGCGGAAGUCCAACGCUUGUGCCGUGUGCUCAGUCGUUAAAUGUAGGAGUCAAUAAUGCAAGCGGAGAUACAAAUGGCAGUAACAGUGGCAGUAGUACCGGAGGCAGCGAUAGAAGACGACGAAGCGGUCUUACUGCCGUCAUGCAAAGACCAGUUAUAAAUCCGGAAAUGGUUAUGGAGGUGGAAGCUAGGAUGAAUAGAGCUUACCUCCCAUCACGGCUCUUACCAACUCACCUUAGAGGAUCGACACUUCCACAUCACAGGAAGACUUCUUUGUACCAUACUAGCACUGUAGGUAACAGAGACUCGUAUAAGGAACCAAGCACUCAUGUAGCCACAGAAAGAUACUCGCCAGUUCGAAGAGCAUCGGAAGGUUCUGGUCCAACCGGACCUGGAAUUCAGGCACUUCAACAAGAAUACCAGCAAUUGCAAAGGUUAGCAUCUCCAUCUCACAGUCCUGCAAGUAUACCUGGAUCACCUGUACACGAAAGAGGGGUAGCAGCAAUCACACAAGGUUUAAGUGGGCUGACCACAGCAACAGUGCAAGGCAGUAUUGUGCAUGGUACUCCAACGCAACCACCAGCAACACCAUUAGAUUUGAGCCCAUUAAGGCAUCAUAGAUCACCAGCCACAACACCAGUCAGUUAUUCGCCUAGUAAUAGCCCAGCUUUGGACAUGAUUCAGGAAGAACAUCCUGUGGAACUACCAAGAGUGCCUCCUCAAAUAUCUAUAACAGAUCUCGGAGGACAAGUAACACUUAUUAGUUGUUCACCUUCGCCAUCUCCAUCACCCGAUUCACUCGAAGACACGUUACCUCAUUACAGUCCUCUUCCCAGCUUCAUCAUCUCCGAACCGUGCGAUCCAUCGAGGCCAAGUAUCACGCGUGGUAUCGGUAGACCAUUGAACACAUCGAUCCCGACAGAAGUCGAAGUCACUUUGUCAGACGAAUCAAGUAGAUUGAACAGCGAGGCUAUAUUGGGCCGUGUGAAACAAAUCAUAGACGCGAGAGCCCCACCGAAGGGAUUCAUCUUCAACAGAGAAGAAGUAAAAGGUAGCGGGCUUAGUUUAGAAUACCCAGGCGGUGUUCAAAUCGAACUCAGAGUAUGUGAGUCUGAAGAGAAGGAGGUUAAAGGCAUUAAAAUGCGAAGAAUCAGUGGGGACCAAUUGCAGUAUAGUCAACUUUGUCAACAGCUGAUCUCGUGCAUUACCGUUUGACGACAGAUAGCGUAUAAUAUAAUGUUUUCUUAUACAUUACGUUACAUUCCUGGUGCCACA